CCACCCCUAACAGGCUGUGUGUAUAUCAGUCCCUGCCCAGCCCUGUUAUGGUUCCCUCACCCUGGGAUUAUAGUCACUGUGAGAUCUGUAUCCGGCCCCUGUGACUCUCCUGCCCCCCCCGGGGUCCCACCCAGGUACUGACCGAGCAGCUGCCCCAGUCCCAGGAACAGAUCGGAUCUUUGUCAGAGAGACAUGUCAUCAACAGAGUUCCAGUCCAUAAUACAGAAUGCCCCCAAAGGAGAGCCACCCAGCUACACCACCAUAGCACCCUAUGCCCCCCCGGACACCUACCCCCCAGUUGACUCUGGUCCUUUCAUGGGCACCACGUAUGCAAUGGGGGUUCCACAAGGGAUGGAGCAUCUCCUGCAGAUAAACCAACUCUCUAUACGGGAAAAGUUUAAAGUGACGCAGGGCUGGGGGCGGAACUUCGAUGUGCUGAACCCCGUGGGACAGGGGGUGCUCCAGGCGGAGCAGCGCAUACAUUGCUGUGGCCCCAUGUUUGACGUGACGGUGAGAGACAUGCGUGGGAAUGACGUGAUGGCGCUACAUGAAGGCUGCCAUUGUUGCAGCAGGGAGAUGGAGGUUCAUAGCCCAGACGGGGGCCUCUUGGGGUUUGUCACUCUGCACUGGAACUCAUUUGUCACCCACCUGUCAAUCAAGAACCCCGCCAAGCAAGUGCUCCUCCUCAUCCUCGGCCCCAGUCUCCAGGCCAACGUCUUUGGAAAUAUCAGCUUUGAGGUGAAGUCCAGUGAUGAACAACAUGUUGUCGGGAUGAUCAGACACACGAAUGAGGAGGUGACAGUCUCUUUCCCGUUGGAUAUGGAAGUGACAGUCAAAGCAAUUUUAGCUGGAUCCGCCUUUUACAUGGAUUCUCUCAUUUACCAGAGGAGGACUGAGCUGCUGAGGAGAAGAAACAGCAACUGAGGGGGGGGGGCAAUCACUAUGAUGUCAGAUGGCGUUGCCUGGUCACAUGACAUGCACUCUGAUUGGUUGAAGCCGGACUCGCAGUAGCGCAGGGGGGGCAGAUUUAUUGCACUAAUGAUUUGUUGUAGGGGAAACACUUGUUGCCAUUUGGGCAUUACCCCCCCCCAUGGGUGGGACACCCCGUAACUGUGGGUAUGAGGGGGGCUGGGCGGAGCUUCACUGAGUUUUCCUCAUUAUUAAAUCUUUGCCAAAUCAGCUUUUUAUAUGAUACAGAGAAUGGAGUUUGUGCUUAUUUUCUUUUAAAUGAAUCUCCCAGUCUGAGCCUGGGGGGGGGGGGGGGGGGGGGGCUGUGAGCAAAGGGGGAAUAAGAGAGAGUUUAAUGGCAACAAAAAUGUAUAAAAUAAUAAAAAUACUCUUUAAGCCUCAA